AUGGAACAGUCCAGAACUGGCGUGUUGCUGGAGAAGCUGACGGCCACGAACUACAGCACCUGGUCAGUCCGCAUGCAACACUUCCUCAAGCGUGAGGGCCUGUGGAAGGUGGUGGAAACUCCACCACAGCCCCCUGAGGAGGAUGAGGACGACGAUGAAAAGCUGGCACUAGCAGAGGCCCAGCUAGAAAAGGAUGAGAAAGCUUUGGCUACGAUCAUUCUUGGAGUGGACGACAGCCAGCUAGUCUACGUAGCUGAUAAGGUGACGGCAAGUGAGGCGUGGAAUGCGCUCAAGGCUGUCCAUGUGCGAGAGACAGCUGGCUCACUGAUAACACUGACCAGGAGACUGUACCGGUGUCAGACGAAACCGGGGGACUCCCUGGUAAACCACCUAAAAUUCCUAACAGGCUGUUUCCAGGAGCUAACCUUAAGAGGGAGGCCUGUGGGGGAAGAGGACAAAGUCUUUAUAGUCCUGAGUUCCCUUGAUGACAGCUAUGAUAUGCUGGUCAAUUCCCUCGAGUCUGUAGAGACUGAUAAGCUGACUCUGGAAUACGUUACUGGACGGUUGUAUGCAGAGGAGGACAGGCGUGCAGAGCGAAAGAUGACCUCAGCCCAGCUGUUGGAGCAUCCCAGAGGGAACAACAGCCGGGAAGAGCAGAGGUGUCGGGAGCCGGAGAAACAGCCAGGAGGAGCUGCUGCAGACCAGCCGGUGGUCAACAAAGUAAAAAGGUGUUUUUGCUGCAAGUCCAGUGGACAUCUGCUGCGGGACUGCCCAAGAAAACAACAAAAACAGCAGAAGCACAGGAGGCAGCAGAGAGAGUCUACCGCUUGGGUGUCUGCAGAUGGUCAAGAAAAUGAAGAGCUGUGGGUUCUGGACAGUGGAGCUUCUCAAACCUUUUGUAAAAGAAAAGGACUGCUAACUGAUGCUAGGGCUUCAAACAAAAAACAUGUAAGUCUUGCUACGGGCCAGAAAGCUAAUGUAGUUUGUGAGGGGGAGGUUGUGUUCCCACAGCUGGGACACACAUUCAGGAAUGUGUUGUGUGUGCCUAGUUUGCAAAACAAUCUCCUGAGUAUUCCAGACUUGGCAAAAGCAGGCUUUGAAGUAAACUUUGUGGGAGAUCAGUGCCAGAUAAAGCAAAAUGGGGCAGUGUUGGCAAAUGCUAACCUUAGAACUAAUAUGUAUGUACUGCAGUGUGAGUCUAAGGUUGCGAAUGUGCAAAAUGUCCCAACCCAUGAUAUGUGUAUUCAUCUCCUGCACAGGCGUCUGGCUCAUGCUAGCUUUAAGGUGCUGAACAAAACAUUGGAGUUGUGUGGGGGAUGAAAAACAUUAAAAGUUGUGAUAAUUACUUAGACUGCAAUAUCUGCAAGGAGGUUAAAAGCAGGGCUUGCCCAGUAGCAAGAGCAAGCCAGAGAGAAACCAAAAAAACCACUGGAGUUGAUUCAUGCUGAUGUAACUGGUCCUUUUCCACCAAGUGUCUCCCAUAACAAGUACUGUUUGAUCCUAGUGGAUGACUAUUCUAGAUUUGGCUGGGUCUAUCCAUUAAAGCAAAAGUCUGACGUUGCCCAAACUUUGAAGUUCUGGGUAAGAAGGGUAGAAAGGCAACUUGGCCAAAAGGUGUGCUCUAUUCAGACAGACAGGGGAGGAGAGUUUAUGGUAAGCUCCCUAAGAAACUGGUUGCGUUCCCAAGGGAUUAAACAUAGACUUACCAAUGUGGCAACGCCUCAGGAGAACGGAGUAGCAAAGCGUAGGGGAGGUGUCUUGCAGACACAAAUGAAAGCAUUGUUAGCAGAUGCAAAUCUUCCAAUUAAGUACUGGGCUGAGAGUACUAAGACCGCGAAUUAUAUUGGGAAUCGCUUGUGGUCAAGGGUACUAGAUGACAUACCCUAUAAAAUUCUCUAUAACAAAAGUCCCAGUUUGCAACAUUUGAGAAUCUUUGGGACAAAGGCGUGGGUUGACAUACCUGUAAAGAACCGAAGAAAAGGUGGGAAAAGGGCACAGCAGUUGCUAUUUCUUGGGUAUGAAAGUGGUACGAAAGCCUACAGGUUUGAAGAUGAUAAAAAUCUUUUGAGUUAUAGUCGAUCAGCCAGCUUUAAUGAGCAAAGAAAUUGGCCCAAGAUACAUGCAAACCUGCUGCCAGAAAAAGUUUUACUGCCGAGCGUACCUGAUAAGGCAGUUGAAACAAAGCUAAGAAUUGGCAGCUCUCCCAGAGAAACUGAAAGGGAGGAGGUAAAGACUGAGCAUUUUUCUCCAGCUGCUAGCAUGGAGCAGGGGGGAAAAGAAAGUGCAACAGGGACAGGAGUAGGUAAAUCUCCAGAAUCAAUCCACCCCAAAAGCAGUCCUGAAGGUAGCCCAGGGGGUGAGAUUAAUGAACUGUUAGGUAGAUUUAUUGCUUUAUUGUUCGGCGCCCAGCCAUGCUUCCCCUGCGAGCCUCUGUAGCUUCUGUUUACGCAGGGUGGCUUUGUAGCGGUCGUAAAGCAAUUAGCAGAUAGCAAAGUUGCACAGCGGCCGUGUGUUUGAAAGAGCAGUAAUUAAGUCCCACACGUUUCUUCUGUCCUAAUAUCACUUUAUUUGCUCAAAAGUAGCAUAUUUACAAUCAAUAACUUCCAGCAGAAUCAAGCUGCAUUUUCUCUCUCUGUUUGCAGCUACGCAACAAAACUGUUUUCACUUCUCACUCAGCUCACAGCAUUCCAAGCUGCUUUCGUCACGUCCUGGCUUACUUCCCCUGUACGCCCCUCCUCUCAGGCUUGAGACACAGAAGGUUAACCCUUCACUACACCCAACAUGAACCAAGGAGGUCUGCAAGAAGUAAUAAAGGUCAACCUCCAGACCGUUAUGGGUUCCCAGCCACCAUAAACCAGGUUUGUGUAACUGAGCCAGAAAACUUUGAAGAAGUGCAAGAGUUACCUACUCUAGAGAAAGAGGCAUGGUUAAAGGCAAUGUAGGCAGAGUAUAACUCUCUGCUAAACAACAAUGUGUUUGUACCUGCAGAAUUGCCUGAAGGUAAAAAGCCCAUAAGCUGUAAGUGGGUUUUUAAAGUGAAAAAGCUGGCUGAUGGUAGUUGUCAGAGGAAAGCCAGGUUGGUUGCAAGGGGCUUUACACAAAGGAAAAUGAUACAUUAUGAUGAAGUGUUUGCCCCAACAGCAAAGGCUGAAACAGUAAAAUCAGUUUUAGCAAUGGCAAGUCUGAGAGGGUUAAAAGUUAAUCAUUUUGAUGUUGCCUCAGCAUAUUUAAAUGCUCCUAUUGACGCCGAGGUGUAUUUACAGCAAAUACCAGGUUAUGAGCUGGAAAAAGACAGCAUGGUGUUAAAACUGCAAAGGGCACUAUACGGUUUACACCAAAGUGCUCGUCUAUGGCAUGAAUGCAUAGACACAACUUUGAAAAAGAUGGGAUUCAAACAAAGCCUGGCUGAUUCCUGUUUAUAUUCAGCAAUGGUGCAAGGAAGUGUUUGUUAUUUACUUUUGUAUGUUGAUGAUAUCUGUCUAAUAACAACUGCACAAAAGCAAGUGUCUUGGUUUAUAAACAGCCUAGGUAACAAAUACAAACUGAAGUAUUUGGGAGAGAUUCAGAAUUACUUAGGAGUAGAGGUUCAGAGAAAUGAAGAGGGCGUCUACUCUCUGAGUCAGAAGGAAAAAUCGAAAGGUUACUGAAGACAUAUGGAAUGGAGAGGGCAAAUGAGGUUGACACUCCCAUAACUACCCAGUACAAAAAUGAACCAGAAGGACAAAAAUGUGAGAAUGCAACAGCAUUUCAUUCUCUGCUGGGUUCUCUGUUAUAUUUAAGUUGUUGGACAAGACCCGACAUAACAUUGGCAGUGUGCAUGUUAAGCCAAAGAAGUGCAGACCCGGCUCAGAGAGAUUGGGUAGCACUUAAAAGAAUCCUAAGGUAUCUGAAAGGCACAAAAGAUUACAAACUGGUGCUGGAUACAGGAUAUGAUCAGCAAGUGUAUGCAUACGCUGAUGCCAGCUGGGGGGACAGAUAAAAUGGAAAGUCUACCACUGGCUAUGCCAUAUAUAUUGGAAAUGCCCUGGUUCAGUGGAAAUCCCAGAAACAAACAUUUGUUGCCACAAGUACUUGUGAAGCAAAGUACUCAGCCAUAAGCGAAUGUGUGUCACAAAUAGAGUGGUUUGCUUGUCUAACAAAGGAACUUGGAAUACCUUCUGAAAUGCCAAUCACUGUGCUAAGUGACAACAUGGCUGCACAACAGCUUGCUAACCAACAGCGCAAGAGUAAACAUAUAGCUAUAAGAUACGGAAAUGUGAAAAAUGCUUUGGAAAGAAAUGUGUUAAAGGUACAGCACUGUAACACAAUAUGUAAUGUGGCGGAUUUGUAUACAAAAUGUUUGGAUGCUCCUAAAUUUUGAGACUUAAGAGAAUUAUUAGGUCUCAAGCCUUUGACUUAAGGAGGAGUGUUGGGAUUCGCAGGAUGAUGAGUAAGUCUGCAGGCUUCAACAGGCUGAUGCAAUACUCUGUGAAGUGUGUCACGGCUAAAAUGGCCGCUGUUUCUUUAAUGCGAAUAAAGCUGGGUCAGCAUGAAUCAGCGGCUUGCAGCAGGUUAUAUAUAUAUAUAUAUAUAUAUAGUGAGAAAUGUUAGUUUGGUGCUGAGGCUGGUGUUUGGGUUGGUUGGUGCUGGUGUGUAUUCUUAUUCAGUCGUGUUUUGCACAAGGACUUUUAAGAAUAAAACUCUGCAAGGAUAUUCUCGUGGACUCUUUUUGUGCCGACAAGGAGACUGAGGAGAUAAAGGGAGGUCAGAACCCUUUCCUUCUUUUUUUUUGCUUUUUACAAACACUGACAGGUUAUGGGUCCAGUGUUUCUGAGCAUGUGCAGAGUGCAAAACGACUGACAGCAUCUCAGCAGGGAGCUGGUGAGUCCUGGUGGUGUAUGGAGCCAGUGGCUGUGCGUUGGAGCAGUUGGUGGCAAGCUGUAACUGUCUGCAACGAUGCUGGAGCGGCUAGGAUCUGAGGAUCAGGAAAGCACUCAGCGUCGGCUACUGGAACAGUUUGAACUGCUAGAGGACCACAGUAGGCGACUCACAGAGCGGCUGCACCAGUUGCAGAGCCAGGCGGGACCUGAGGGUCAACAGAGGCAGCAGCUAGAAGCCGGUGAGUGCCAGCCAGGACCAUCCAGUCGGACUCUAAAGAGAGAGUCAGGAGAGAUUGCUGAAGGCCCCACAGAAGGGGCUCAGCAAGCACCAGCAGAGAUGGCAGAUUUCCAGUCUCCCCAAGUUGUAAAUAUUGGGGGAGGCAUCCCUUUUGAACUUCUCUCAGAGAGCAACUGGCUGAGUUGGUCAAUUAGAAUGCAGCAGUUGUUAAGGAGAGAUGGACUAUGGGACUGUGUUGAAACUGAGGUUUUGAGACGGGACUCUGCUGAGAAAAAACGGCUAGAUGAAAGGGCCCGUGCCCCAAUUAUGCUGUGUUUGAGCAACUCUCAGUUAUUGCAUGUAGCAAAUGCCAGCACAGCGUUUGAGUGCUGGAAUUUAUUAAGGGCAAUGCAUGUCAGAGAAACUGCUGGAACUAUAUAUAUAUAUAUAUAUAUAUAUAUAUAUAUAUAUAUUUUAAAUGAUAUUUAUUAAAGUUUCAAAAAAAAAAGAAUACAAAAAAUACAGAAUACAGAAAGAAAAAGAAUGAAGUUUUUUUUUUAAAAAAAAAAAUAUAACCAAAGAAGUAAAAAAUAAAAGAAAACAUACCAAAUAAAACAAUUAAAAGGACAUUAAAUUUCCAUAACCUAUCUUCCUUAUACUUAUUUCCCUGGACCUCCUCAUACCUCCCUUUUUUGUAUUCCAGUUCAAUUUGUUGAUUCAGCAAAUCCUUACCAUUGAAAUUACCCAGUUGCAAACCUUUUUUCAUAUCUCUUAAAGCAUUACAGCUAAAAAACCCCCCUUAGUUUCUAUCCAACAUCCUUCUAAGAUUCCUUAAUUUUACAAUAUUUCUGUAAAUAGUCUUUAAAUUUCUUCCAGUCUUCUUUCACCGUCUCUUCUCUCUGGUCUCGGAUUCUGCCAGUCACUGCUGGAACUAUAAUUUCUCUGACCAGAAAGCUGUUCAGGACUGUUAUGAAAGAAGGUGAGAGUUUGGCAACUCAUCUUCAAACGCUGAAAUCUCUGUUUCUUCAACUACAACAGAGAGGUAAGCGUUAUGAUGAGACUGACCAAACCUACAUUAUCCUUUCAAGUUUGCCUGAAAGCUGGUUGCCUCUGAUUAACAGCAUGGAGAGUAUGCGUCCCCGAGAUCUGACCCUUGAGUAUGUGGUUGGAAGAUUGACCGAAGAAGCAGAAAGAAGGUCAGAUAGACAGGCUGAACUCCAAGAGCAGAGGAGUUACAGUCGAGGGGGCCAGCAGCAGAAUCUGCCAAUGGAGCAACGCCAAGGUUUGGACUUGGCAAUGGCAGUGAGGAGGUGCUAUAGAUGCAACCAACCCGGGCAUCUCCAACGUCAAUGCAGGGCAAGACUUCCAGGAGACGACAUGGAGCAGAGACAGCAAUCAAUGCAGAACCGUAAGCAGAAGGGGUUCUCUUCAGGGAAGAAGAACACACGUUCUGCUCAGUUUGUGUCUGCAUUUUCUCGAGAGGAGAGAAAGAUACCUCGAGGAACAUGGUUGCUGGACUCUGGCAGCAGCAGGAUUAUCUGCAAUAGUCGGGAGGACUUUAAGACCCGGGAGAAGCCAGCCGAUGGAAAAGACUCAAUCUAUCUUGCUGAUGGUCGUAGAAGCAAGAUUGAUGGCCAGGGAACAUGUUUCCUGCAGUGUUUGAACACUACUCUACCAGAGACUCUGUUUGUCAGCAGUUUGGACUAUUAUUUACUGUCUGUAAGCUGUUUGAUUAAUGCAGGGUAUAGUGUUAAGUUCACACAGGAUGGUUGUCUGAUAAAGAAUGGAACUCAGGUAUGUGGCCAUGCAAAGUUGGAAAAUGGGUUAUAUGUAAUGCAGGACAAGCCUGUUAAAGCAGCCCAGGUGGUUCAGGAUAAUUUGCCAGUUCAUAAGGGGUGUGUACAUGAACUGCACAGAAAACUGGGUCACGCCAAUUUCCGUGUGCUUUCAGAGAUGCAAAAGGUGUGCAAGAACCUAAAAGUAAAUAGCUGUAACUGUUUCCUAGAUUGCAAUGUAUGUAAAAUGGCCAAAUCUAAGAGGAAGCCUGUGGCUUCUAAAAGUGACAGAGUAUCUAAAGAGGUUUUAGAACUUGUCCAUUGUGACGUGAUAGGCCCUUUUCCACAAAAGACUGAAGGGGGCGCCAGAUAUGCUUUUCUGGUAAUAGAUGACAAAUCACGUUUUAGUUGGUUGUUUUUGUUAAAGCAGAAAUCUGAGUGUUUCCCCACAUUCAGAGAAUGGGUUGCCCAAGCUGAAAAGCUCUUCGCUCGCCCUGUUGUGCAGUUGCAAACAGAUAGGGGCGGAGAAUUUCUGAACAAACAAUUUGGGGCAUGGUUGCGACGUAAGGGGAUCACUCAUUGCUUGACUAACCCUUAUAGCCCUGCUGAAAAUGGUCUGUGUGAAAGACGUGGGGCUGUAAUACAGUCAGUAAAGGACUGCCUGCUAGUGGAUGCAGGAUUGGGUCACAACCAUAGACUGUGGGGCGAGGCUUUUCUGACAGCGAACUUUUUGAUUAAUAGAACCUGGUCAAGCUCUAUAAAAGAUAUUCCUUAUCGUGUGUUGUUUGGGAAAGAACCAGAGUGGAAAAUGCUCCAGAACUGGGGUUCUUGGGCACAUGUAAAUAUCCCCAAAGCUCAGCGCCAGAAAGGGGGCGCUAGAGCGCAGAAACUGCGCUUUGUGGGAUAUCAGUCCUAUGGGAAAGGGUGGCGUUUCAAUUUACACCCAGGACGCGUGGUUCUGUCACGAAGCGCAGACUUUGCUGACCAGGACAGAUGGACUGCGAUCCACGCCAACCCAGAUUGCCUACUGCCUCUGCAAGUAAGAGAAGAGGCUUCUUCUCAGCCAUUGGCAACACAGGAGCAGGAUGAGGAGGAGGCACAGAUUUCCCCAAAAGAUGUGGCAAUAGAUAAUACUUCUUCUCUAGCGGAAGAGGAAGAAGAGCCAGAGAUAAGGGGGGAAGAAGAAGUAGUUGUGCCUAGGCGCUCCAAACGUUCAAACAAGGGUGUACCUCCUCAGCGUUUGACCCUAGGAGGAGUGAGAGUAUGCAAUGUGAGUUGUGUGGAACCACAAAGUUAUAAUGAAGUCUUAGACUUACCCCCUGGAGAACGUGCUUUGUGGCAACAAGCCAUGAAAGAAGAAAUUGACUCUUUUAAACGUAACCAAGUCUUUGAGGUCAUAAUUCCGCCACCUAGUGGCAGAGUGGUGUCAUGCAAGUGGUUUUACAAAUGGAAAACCCUUGCAUCUGGGGAACCACGUUUUCGAGCCAGAUUAGUAGCCAGAGGUUCACUCAGAUUAAAGGGGAGAGUUAUGAUGAAGUGUUUUCUCCCUCUGUAAAGAGUGAAACUUUUCGUUUAAUGCUUUCCAUUGCUGCUGUAAGACAAUUAUCAGUGCACCAUUUUGAUGUUGAUGCUGCAUAUCUGCAUGCAAAUUUAGACUAUGAAGUGUUAAUGAGACAACCCCCUGGGUUUGAAGAGGAGAAUGGUGCAGUCUGGCGUUUGAAAAAAGCUGUUUACGGUCUCAAAGUGGAAGGUGUUGGAACCAGUGUUUAAAUGAAGCUCUUGUAAAACUUGGUUUUAAAAGGAGUGUGGCUGAUCCAUGCCUGUACACUAAGGGGACAGGCAACAAAUACCUAAUGCUCUUAGUCUUUGUUGAUGAUUUGCUUGUAGCAGGGAGUUCCACAGAUGAGAUCCAGAAGCUCACAAGUCAACUGGAAAAGAGGUUUAAGCUUAAAGCCUUAGGGCCUGUAAGCAAUUACUUGGGAGUAGAAGUAAGACAGGAAGCUAAUGGAAGCUUCCUAUUGAGUCAGAAAGAGAAAAUUCUUCAUUUGAUAGAGCAGUUUGGCAUGGAAAACUGCAAGCCAGUUCAGACUCCCAUGACACCAGAUUUCCCAAAGACAGUGUGUGAUGAUGAAUUUGAUCAGCCUGAGUUGUAUCACUCAAAAAUAGGAUCACUGUUGUAUUUAAGCCAGUGGUCAAGGCCAGACAUUGCAUGUGCUACAAAUGUUCUGAGCCAACGUGUAUCUAAACCCAGUACUGCCGAUUGGUGUGCUUUGAAAAGGCUUAUCAGAUAUCUAAAGGGGACAUUAAAUGUAUGUUUAAAGAUAUCUAUUACACAAGAUGAAAAACUAGAAGUAUUUGUUGAUGCGGACUGGGGAAGCUGUGUAGCUACUAGAAAAUCUACAAGUGGCAUGGUUAUGAUGUUUGCCAAUGCCAUAAUUGGAUGGAGGUCAAAGAAACAAGGAUUUGUUGCAACCUCAUCCUGUGAGGCAGAAUAUGGGAGCCUAUCGCUAGCAUGCAACGAAAUCUUGUGGUUUAUACAGAUACUAAAAGAUCUAGAUUGUAAAGUAGAUUUGCCUAUCCAAGUGUAUGAAGAUAGUCAAUCGUGUAUUGCAUUAGCGGGCUCGGAAAUAAUGAAAUCCGCAUCAAAACAUAUUGCUAUCCGUCAUGCGAAUGUGAGAGAUUGUGUACAGAAUGGGGUGAUCAAACUGGAGUAUUGUUAAUCACAAGAUAAUAUUGCUGAUUUGUUUACCAAGCCUUUGCCAGCAACAUGCCAUAAUGAAUUAAUGACAAAACUGGGUUUAUGUAUAUAAUGUAUGUAUGUAUCGUUUCUGUUGGGGUUUUUCGCAUUUAAGAAACAGAAGGGGUGUCACGGCUAAAAUGGCCGCUGUUUCUUUAAUGCGAAUAAAGCUGGGUCAGCAUGACUCAGCGGCUUGCAGCAGGUUGUAUAUAUAAAGUGAGAAAUGUUAGUUUGGUGCUGAGGCUGGUGUUUGGGUUGGUUGGUGCUGGUGUGUAUUCUUAUUCAGUCGUGUUUUGCACAAGGACUUUUAAGAAUAAAACUCUGCAAGGAUAUUCUCGUGGACUCUUUUUGUGCUGACAAGGGGACUGAGGAGAUAAAGGGAGGUCAGAACCCUUUCCUUCUUUUUUUUUGCUUUUUACAAACACUGACAAAGUGCUGGGUCAGAGUGAUUCAGCAGGAAUGUGAUUAAUGUGAUUGGCUAUCACCUGUUUCAAAAGGAAAGCCUGUUCACCAGUAGUUGUGGUUGUGGUGGUUGUGCUGUGGUUGUGGUGGAUGUGCUGUGGUAUGGUGAUGCUGUGGUGGAGAGUAUUCGUUUGCCUUAAGGAGCAGGUACUCUGUAUGGACUGUUUUUUUUUAAAUACCUGUAUAUAGCUCACAUUAAAAAGACUGCACUGGAAAAACCUGGGACUCUGAGCGUUUCUGCUAAAAGCGCCGCGAGGAAUUCGGUAUUCCUUAGAGCAUACGGUAUUCCUUAGAGCGGCUCAGAAGAACCCAAGUGUUCACAACCAUUGUCUGUCUGUCCAUAGCAAAGCGGCUCUCUGACACUCGCCACUAGAAGACGCGGGGAAUGAUUUCACUCUCCCAUUGCCCCAAAUCAUGAGAAGGGUAGUAGGAAUGCUACUGUGGAAAGCAGGCGGGAUACAAUUCUCAGCCCUUGUGCCAGCUCUCUUGGUGAUGGGCUUCUCUCCAUUGUGGCAUUCCUCGACCUCACAUUAUGCACCCCAGGGCUGGAUUGUUCUUCAUGCUAUCCAGGAUGUACCUCAUCCCUUCCUAACGCAUGGGUGAUACUCUGCUUCAGGAGGACCUCUUCCAGACCCCCGGGACGCAGGACGAGCUGCAGGAGAGAAUUGAGUGCCUGGACACCAGCAUUCCCGAGACGAUCCGUAUCCUCUUUGGGGGGCAUUGUUGGGGAGCAGGGCUGCUUGGUGGUUUUAUUUCGCUCUUGGCUGGAGUGGACCUCACUUUUAUAUACCUGGUGGCUUAGGUUCCUAGGCCACCCCAUCCUUAAGGCUCUGGGACACAGCAAAAUGAAAUGCCCACAGUAAAGUCCAGUCAUGCAUCCAAAAGCUUCACAGCUUUAACCCCCAUUUGAAAACAUCAGCCUGGCUAGAUAGAGCAGAGGUGGGGAACCUUGACAGGCCCGCAGGCCCCACAUCUAGCAUCAUACGUGGUGUCAGGUGUGGAGACAGGUAAAGACAUGGCUGCAAAGGAGCUUGAAUUCAAUUGUUCAGUUGUUCUUUGGCAAGCAGGGUUUGUUGAUCGCACUUUUGGAGUUGACCACUAGUAUUUGUUGUUUGGAUUGAAACCAUGCCUGCAGAAGGACAUUUCCUCGGCAGAUCAGCUUUGCAGGCAGCUUCGUCAAGAGGGGAGGUGUGGGAUAAUUACAGUGGGAUUUCUCAGCUGGUAGAGCGUGACACUCUUAAUCUCAGGGCUGCGGGUUCAAGGUCCACCUUGCGCCAAAAGGGGGAACUUGCAAGGUGGGCCCAGAUGUAAAAGGACCAAGCUUCUUGCUUUGGACCAGCCUGGGAAGGAGGCAGGCUGCAGGUAACAAGACAGAACACUUUCCUUGCCAGGCUGUCAAUAGCUGGCAGUGACCACUCGGUGGCCGAAGCUCUGCUCAUCUUCCUGGAGGCAGUGCCAGAACCAGUCCUUUGCUAUGAACUGUAUCCACACUGCCUUGAGUGCUCACAUGACAGCCACCUCUGUCACCAGGUUGGCCCCAGAGCCCCAUCUCUUCCUGGCUGGUCUGUGGUGUGUACAGAAGCAUAGAAUCCGAAGGGAUUUCCAAAGUCAUCUAGUCCAAAUGUUGCCGCGAGUAACAGGAAAUCCACUAAAACAUCCCUGAAAGCCAGUAAACCGGCACACUAGCAGGAGGGCUAGUCUGGUCUGGGAAGCCUUGUUAACUGCAGAGGUUGCUGAUGUCUCCUUUGAUAACCAUCCCUCUCGGUUGUGGAGGGGGGUGGGGUGCGCACAUGUUGCCUUUUUGCUUUCUGACCAGGACUUGUAAAAAUAGCCCACCUGUUUCAGUGAACCUCGCUUGAAUUUCCAACCCAGGAAGCGGCCAUAUACUGGGCCAUCUAGCUCAGUAUUGUCGAAAUUGACAAGCAGUGGCUCUCCAGGAUUUCAGACAAGGGAUGUUCCCUACCCUCCUGGGAGAUGCUGGGGGUGGAGCCUGAGACUUUCUGCAUGAAAAGCAGAGCAGAAUGGCCCUUCCCCAAGAUAUCUCAGUUGGUAGAGCAUAAGACUCUUCAUCUCAGUGUCCUGAGUUCGAGCCCCACCUUAGGCAUUGCAGGGGGUUCGAUUAGUUAACCCUCGUGGUCCCUUCCGACUCUACAGUUGUAUUAUUCCCCAAAGUUCCCAGCAGAGUUCUAGUCCGGUUACCAUUUUAAACAUUCUUUUUUUUAUGCCAGGUCUAAACCUGCAAACAUAACAAGUACACCGUGCUAGUGAUCCAUGCCCCUCCUCUAGCAAAGCUCUGCACUGAAACUCCAAACCGCCCCUCCCUGUCUUGCCGGUGAUCUGCCAGUUGCCGCGGUCGCACCAGAACGUGUUCUGCUUCGUGGUGGCUUUCCUGCGGGAGCUGCUGAAAUACUCUGAGAGCAACAACGUCAGUGGCAACAUGCUAGGUAAGGCCUGCCUGUCCUGGCUGGGAGCUGGCCUUCCUCCUGCUCCCGCCUCCUCUCAUGCAAAUGUUUUCGCUUCCCUGCAGCCACCCUCUUCGCCAGCCUCCUGCUACGGCCUCUGCCCAACCUUCUGCCGAGUGCCAUCGGCUUCCUCCUGGGCUUCCUGCUGGGGGCGGAUGACUACGAAGGUGCCAAGCGUGACUGGAGACGAAGUGGGGAGGGAAGAGGCAAGGCCCAGCCUCUGUUCUCUGGUGCCUGCCCUUCCCCUUGUGCCAUCUUGCCAUGUGCCAGCUCCCUUCCCUGUGCUUCGCCCUUUCCACCUUUUCCUCUUGACUCCUGACACGGUUGCACACUUGGCUUUCCACAUGGUUCCAGGGCAUUGGCAGCAGGUUCAGGGUGCUUGGGGGGGGGGACCCUGUUGGAGGACAGUCAUUCCCCUGCCCAUCCUCCUACCACCACUGCUGCUCUCAGUCCCUGCGCAGUAGUCCACGCUCUCCCCUUCUGCUGCAGCUGAGCAUGUGCUACUCUUGGUGGGUACCAGGCAUAAGGAUUCCUGGCCUGUCCUGGGAUUGCAGGACCUCUUUCUCUGUCCCCCCAGCCUUGAUGCUCAUCAAGAAGGGGCAGGGCAGCCACUGUGGCCCACCUACGCCUUAGCCUGCUCUCUAUAGUUCAGCUAUCUCUCCCCAUUCUGCCAAGUAGAGCUCUAGGGUGUUCAUUCUUCAUGAAACACUAAGCACUGCCUAAAGGGACCAGGGAGGAGGGGGGCGCAGGCUGGGCAGCAGGAGGGGAGCUGAGGCAGUGGGUACAGCUGGGUUGGGUUGGGCUCCCCACCCGACCCCAAGUUCUGCAACUUUGUCUUUCUGCUUUUCUUUUUUUUUUUUUUAAAUUGAUAUUUAUUAAAUUUUCAAAAAGUAACAAAUAACAACAAACAUUUCCAAAAAAAAAAUAAUUUGUAAAUACAAAUAAAACAAAAAUAAUACAGAAAUAGUAAAGAAGAAAAAACCCAGCCGCAAAAAAGAAGAAAAAAGAAAAAAAGAUAAACAGAAAUAUAAAAUCCUUUACGAUCUCCAUUAACUUCCUUUCUAGACUUCCUCCUCCUUCCGUCUCUUGUUUCUUAGUAUUUAAUUUUUACAGCAAAUCCUUUCUAUUUUUUCAUAACAAUCUAUCAUUACAUUUCCUUAUUCUAUUUUCCCUCUUGUCAUAUAAAAACUUUAAAACUCAAAGCUUAUAUUCAAUAUUUAGCAGAUUCUUACAUCAUUACCUUUUCAAAUCAUUUACCAAUCCUUACUUAAGUCAUAUAAUUUCAUUCAACAUCCUUCAAACAUUUAUAAACAUUCCCAAUAUUAGAAAAUAAGAAAGCAAAAACAAUAAGUCAGAUUCAAUCCAGUCAACUUCCAGCCUCCUCCCCUGGACCCGGAUUGUCAGUCCUUUUAACCUCAAUAAUCCGGCUCCUUAACCUGGUUGUCUCAUAUCCGAGGCCCUCAAGUCUCUUUCUUGCCCCUUUCGCCACUCUUGUUGAUAUUUCCCUUUCAGUCGUGGAUACUCCAGCAAGAAGAUGCUUUUGACUCUUUGCAGCAAGUCCAUCCCAAACCCAUUGCCCAAGCCAGACAGCAGAUAAUACCAAUUCCAAUUUCCACGAAACUUGGAGACUUCGACUACUCCAUUCCUCUGAUGGCCCAUCACUAGACUCGGAAAGUCCAAAUAACCAUAUAGAGGGGUGUCAAUCCAUCCCCCCAUUUCCAAAUCUGACCACAUUUCAUCUUUCCGAAUCAGGUUUGUCCCAAGUUCAUUUAUCAAGUUCAAAGGCUGAUCUUGCCCAUCCAAAGGUCCCUCCAUCUCUGAAGCCUCCGUCGCUACAGCAGGUUCAUAUACUUGUGUAGACUUUAACUGAAUUUCAUUUGUUUGCUGCUGUGCUCUGGUAACUUCCGUCCCUCAUCAAGGUCGACUCCUGACGCAUCUGGUCCAGCUGGGCACUUAAUUUUGCAAAACCUUCCAGGAACACUUGUUCAAGCCUUUGUACAAGCAUUGUCCUUCAAGGUCAGAAGAAAUUCUUUCCCACGAGAAAGAUCCUUCUCUUUUAAACUCUCUGCAUUGCAAUUUCACUCAGUUCCACUAGAUGGAAAACCCUUUUUUUUUUUUUUUUUUUUUUUGAGAGGGGGAAAAACAACAGUAACAAUCUUUCUUUUUCCAGAAACACUUUAUCCAAAAUUCCCCCUUUCAAAUUCAAGAGGCAACAGUAGAAUCAAAAUGUUACCCUUCUUUUAACUAUCUGUCGAGCUGGAUAAGCUUCAAAACGUCAGUUCUGACAGCCCGCUCCUGGUUCAGGGCGGUGGAAAAUUACUUUAUUUUAAACUCACUCCCGCAGGGUUGAAAAGAUCAAAACAACCCCCUUCUUCUCCUGCAAUCGAAGGGGGGGUUCAGAAAUCUUAGAUGUUGAAUUUUAGUUCUCUCAGAAUUUAGUUUCCAGGCUUUAGUAUAAUUUGUCUUUGCUUUCUUCACGUAACAAAAGAACGGAAGGCGACUUCCUGUUUAGACCUUUCCGUUCCGAGUCCCAAUUAAAUUCAAUUUCAGGUUCAAGUCCAAUGUUAUUUAUUUAUUCCCCAAUCUUAAAGGUAGUUCAGCUCUUCCAGGAUCGGGUACUCACGGAUAGAUGUUUUAGAUGCCAAAUUGUCCAGGAAAAAGGCAGCGCUCUCCGAUAACGGCAGUGCGGCUUUGCUGCACGGAGGAAGCAGACGACUCACAGCACCACGCACCUCCACUCCGGAGCCCGUUACCGGGCUCCUGUACCAGGGAGAGAGCGCUCUCGGUGCCCGCCGAGUCCCACGCCCACAGGCUUCUUCCGCCUGUGGUUUUUAAGGGUCCCCGCUGCGCCGUAGCGGCAGGACCCAAGCCUCCGUGCAGCGGGUUCCCUUCAGUUCGAAGGGAAUUCCGCCAUUUUCCGGAGGCGCCACCCCGGAAGUCUGUCUUUCUGCUUUUCUGUCUUGGGUUCCUGUACUUGGUGCACACACACUCUUAAUUUAUUGGGAAACGGUUGUUUCAAAAUGAAAGAUCCGUUGUGCAGAGAUUGUUCUGGUGUUUGGAGGGGAGCUACACUUGCCUUUGCUGGUUUCUCCACUGCUCUGAAGCUCAGCCAGACUUUCCAAAUGUAGCCGCCUUGGGCCCUCGCAGCACACAUGAGGGAGAGGCUGUGGAGAGGGGGUGCUGCAUGGGGCAUCAGGUCGUGCAGAUACCAUGGAAUCUGACUUCGCUCUUCACAACAAGGCUUGCAGGUGCAGAAAGAGGGCUACAUUGCUUCCCCAAGGUGUUUCUCAAUUGCUCUCCUUCCUCAUACUGCUUGCAGCUUGCAAGUUUCAGCCCAGCAGCCGCUGGCUGCGGAGUUGUGCAUAGACUCUUGAGGGGAGGUCUGCCCUCCCCUCUCCCCAUUAAGCUUUGUCUCCAGGGCUCAGUGGUAGGAGGGAGAGCAGAGGAAGAAAAAGAACUGGGCUUGGCUUGAGGGGGUUAUGAGAGCAUAUGUGCACCUGGUGCCAAGGGAUAAGGCUGCAGAACUGAGCAGAGCACACUUAAGAGCAGGAGGAGCUGAGCCCUGCUCCCGCCACCACCACCAACAGCAACUCCUAGAUGUCCACUUGUUCUUCUCAGGGAGUCCCCAAAAUGACCAAAGGAGACUGGAGCUCUGAGAGCAGCUAUGGAGACUGCAGAGUCUGGAUGGGAGCUCUUUUAUUAUUUAUUUUCAUUUGAAGUGGGAUGGAGUGGAGGCUAGAUGGAUCACUUUGAGGGGAAGGAGGCGGAGAGCAGUGGAACGGGAUUGGGAACUUCCCCCUUCCCCACUGAAAUAAUCCAACUGGGCACCCUAGGAAUUGGCAGGGCCAACCUGCACAUGAGGCGUUGCGAGGCCAUUGGCUCAAGGUUUGGCAGAUCAAGGUCCCUAAAGCACCAUGCUUGCAGCCAUGCCACUGUUGUGACCACGGUCAGGCCCUUGUGAGGGUUUCGCCAACACAACCUGCUCCUCUCCAGCCUCCUUUCCUAAAGGAGAAGCAGAGGCAGGGCUCAGGGUGUUUCUGCCUCAAGCAAAAACAUCCUCAGCUGGUCCUGGCAGUGGACAUUAGAAAUUGCUUUCGAUAUGGAAAAGAGUGGAAUGAAGGAAAGUGGAGGGAGGGGAGUGUGUUAAAGGAAAAGGGAGGAGUUUUCCAAACUAAAAUUGGGGUUGAAGACAGAGCUCUAUUGAGUCACAAAAGGGGCUUCUGCCCGCCCAGUGGAAUUUCCAGCUCCCCACAUCCCAGCGUCUUAAAACACAAGAAGAGCUUGGGGAGUCAAUUUUGUGCAUAAGGUAGAUGUUUGGCAUGGUCUGUCCUUGAUGUGAAAAGAGGAUCCUUUCAAUAUUUACUUUGGUGAACUACAGCUCCCACAACAACAACUCUGAAGGUGAUGCAGAUGUUCAGAGCGGGGUGCUGAUAAUGCCAAGGUCAUAAGUUUGAUCCCUGUAUAGGCCAACUGCAUUAUUCCUGCAUUGUAGGGAUGGAACUAGAUCAGUGGUUCCUAAUUGGCUGAUUACUGAGGACCCCUUAUUUUUCAAAAGCCAAGCUGCAGACCCCUACUUUUGAAAAAUUUGAUAACUCUAUGGUAGUUACCUCUGCAAAGCAAUUUUUGAACAAAAUGUGGGGUAAUAAGCAAAGGAUUUUAGGUAUACUAAAAACAACAAGACCGCCCAUAAAAUGUAUGCUAUUGCCAUGCCAAAAUGAGAGAAAAUUAGUUGGAGGGAGGCAAGGGAUGGGGCCACGGACCCCUGAUUGAGAAUAAGGAAACUAGAUGGUCCUCGGUGUCCCUUCCAACUCCACAAUUCUAUGAUCCUGUGUCUUAAACACAAAUCUUGAGGAAUAGUGUGGGUGGGUGGGUUUCUGUUUGAACUUUCCCAGCCUUUGCUUUAUUCUGAUUUGCACUUGCGUCCCUACUCCCCACGUGUAGAAUUGCUAUACGUUUGGAUUUUCCUGGACAUUCAAGCGUUUCCCGCAUGGACACUUGUUUCCAACGGCCAAAUCCCGGCAAUUCCGGGCGGAUGGCAACCCUACCCACUUGUGCCAGAUUGCCUGGCAUACAUUACAAGCAUCUAGUCACAUCCUGGGGCUAGCCGACCUGACAGGAAGAGUCCGCGACCAGAAGGAGGAGGCGUACCAGGAAGAAUGGACAAAAUUCAAAGAUUAUUUAGCUAAAUAUGUCAAGAUAACCUAAUUGGAAAAGUUUGCAAAUAUGAGAUAGGCUUAGGAUUUAAAUAUGUAAGGAUAGGAAUUAAGAUGUUUCAAGCUAGAUUAGAAAGAAUGAAAGAUGUGAAGUGAUCAAGUUAAUUUUUUUUUUUUUAGGAGAAGAUUGAUUUUGGAAAACUGUUAAAAUGAAAUACAAUGAAAUUCAACCAGGGGGAUUUGAGGAAGUCACUUAACAAUGUUAUCAAGAUUGGUUUAAUUACAAUUAGGAUGUAUGUUUGAUUGUUUGUCUUAAAAAUUUUUUGGAAAAUUAAUUUAAAAAACUGAAAAAAACCACCAUAGAUUAUCCAGAAUCCCAAGCAGUGACAUUGUGAAACUUUCAUAGGAAUAAAAGGUAGGGGGGAAGGAGGCACAAUGUCAAGCAGGCAACAGAAUAAACCCGAGCACUGUGGGUCUAAAACCGGCCCCUGAAUCUCUUGCUCCCCACUCUGCCCUUCUAACAAGAACAUUUUUUUGCUUGCUGGAUGGCUGUGUGCAAUGAGAGCUCAGUCACUGAGGAAGGGUGCUGGCCCAGUGGGAGAAGUAUGUGCUUGGCAUGCAGGCGAUCCAAAAAUCCAUUCAAGAGCAAAAUUCCAGUUCUCAUGUUUUCUGUCGAAAUGGCUAAUUUAAAGGGGAAUAGCAUGGUGCCUUCCACAGAGUCAGACCAAGGAGAAAUUCUGUAAGCAAAGGUAGCAGGCUUUGAAAAGCUUAUGCAGAUACACAAGGACACAUUGCUAAAAGAAACAAAGGGAUUUGGAGGGACCAUGAGUGAACAGGUAGUACCAGAAUGUACAGAAUUGUACCUAGAAAAAGGUUACAACCUUUUUGUAAACAAAAACAACAACAACCCCCAAAAUAAAACUCGGAAGCAGCAGGACUCCUUAGGAACUCUUCAAAAAACAAAACACAAAACUGCAUAUCCCUACCUACUCACCAAAUGUGAGGGGAAACGUAAACCAGCAUCUUACACUGCUUUAAAUGAUAGUGUGAUAGGAAUUUUAUGGUUUUAGAUAUAUGGCAACGUUCAUAACCACAUGUACAUAGAUCAGCACAGGAAAGCCAACCUGGAACCAUUUUGAUUCCUAAACUGAGCAAACGUUUCUCUGCAUGGUAAAAAUGGAAAAGCCUCCCCAUUGUCUCUUUCCUCACAAAUCCUGUCUCAAGGAUAUGUCUGUUUGAAUAAGGUGUGAGCCUGUGACCUGGCCCAGGAAAUAAGUAUUUUACCACUACAAAAGAAUGGCCAGGCUCCCCAGGCAAUCCAAUCAAGUAACUUGCCAGACAGGAGAUAAACUGUGACAGGAGAAAACAACAUUUAAAUUUCUGUGAUGUAGGUGGGAUGUAUCUGAGGGGUGGUCUUAGGUUACACCCCUUCUGUGAUGUAUGCAUAAUGUUUCUGGGGGUGGUCUUGAUCUCGAGGAUGGGAAUUUCAAAAGUCUUUAUAAGCCAUUGCACAGCAUUUUUGGGGGGUCCUCUUCCUCUCCUGCGUGUGAGGGGAGCACCCUGUUGCAACAGAUUAAUAAAAAUCAAGCUUACUAGCUGCUUUGCUUCUCAAUAUUCUCUGGUUGGCCUCUGUUAUUUUCUCCUACCAAUAGGGAACCUAUGUAAGGACUCUAUAUGGGCUCUUGGAUACCCCAUAAGGGAAAAGGGCAUAUUUUUAUUUACAACAGAUGGCGACCACGAAGGGACUUUUGGUUACCCGGAUUCUGGAAGCGAGGAAGGACUGGUUAUCCAGCGCGCACCAGGCAGUUUGCCAGGAGGAAUAGCCAGUCUUCCAUCGAUCCCAGGGUCUGGAAAUAACUGGAGGUUCAGCGGGGCUAACCAGAGGAAGCAACACUUGAUCAGGCCGGCCUUAAACAACCAGUCAAGAGAUCGUGGGAUCACCAGGAACAGCGCAUGCGGAAGUGAGUAUUAAGUAGGAAACACGAGUAGUGGGUUGGGUUCUCUAAACCACAGCAACCAAAAUUCUUUAAUUCUUCCUUUUCCCUUCAAAUCUAAAAUUUCUACUUUUUUCCCCAUCUAAAAAUUGCCUUCUCCUCCUUUCUGUCCCCUCGAUCUCAACACCAGCCCUAGCCCUUCGGAGUAUGCCCAGGCAAGGGUUGUGUGUGACUUCUUCCACUUAAUUCUUUAUGCCAACCUAUUCCUUCGGAGUUUUGCCCAGAAAGGUCGUGCAAUUUCUUGCCUUCUCCUCCUUUCUGUCCCCUCGAUCUCAACACCAGCCCUAGCCCUUCGGAGUAUGCCCAGGCAAGGGUUGUGUGUGACUUCUUCCACUUAAUUCUUUAUGCCGACCUAUUCCUUCGGAGUUUUGACCAGAAAGGUCGUGCAAUUUCUUCUGCACUGAAAACUAUAAUUCCCAAAACUAUAACUCCCAGCGCAGCCGCACUCUGCCAUGGCGAUCUUUGUUAGAAAUGACCUGUGAACAGAGAACGCAAGGGCGCUGAAUUCCUUUCCAUCUUUCAUAUUCCAGAGUCUCAAUCUGGCAUUGCAAGUGUGCAAGCGUUCAGUAGGGACUCUGAGUUAGAUUGUAAAAGGCAGGGAGGUUGCUGUGGGUUCCAGAACAGAUAUUGAGUGAGAGAGGUUUCCCCUUCGGAGUUUUGACCAGGUAUCCCCAGGUAUCCCCAGGUUUUUCCCCUCAGAGUUUUGUCCAGGUGUCCCCAGGUUUUUCCCCUCGGAGUUUUGUCCAGGUAUCCCCAGGUUUUUCCCCCUCGGAGUUUUGUCCAGGUUUCCCCUUUUCCGGACCCUUCGGAGUUUUGCCCAGGUCCAAACCCCUUUUAAAUUGAAAAUGGGUGCACCUCAAUCAAAAGAAAAAUAGUCCUCAGACCCCUGGCGUGAAAGAAGCCCAAUUGGCGCUUACUUCCCGCCUGGACUCUGACAGUCCCCUUUAAUUUGUGUUUAAGAAACGUUUUUCCUGUGUUUAAAUUGUACUUAGGUAACACAUCCAGCAGCUGCUUAUCUUAAAUGUGCCAUCUAAAAUAAAAAUGCAAGCUUGCUCCAAAUUCUAAAUCUAAGAAAGCCAUGUUGGGCCUUAUCAAUCUUAAACAAGACAAAAAUGAGAAAGAAGUGUGCAAAUGUUUGUUAUUUGAGAGAGGCUCAAAAGAGUCUUCCUCCUUGUAUGUACUUCAUUAAGCAUAUGCCUAUGAAAGUAUGGUCUUCCUUCUAAGAAAAAUAUCUGAGUCCAGUUUUAACUUUGAUUUGGUUGGACAGAAGAGUUAUUGUAAGGCUCCUGAUAUCAGUCUCUAUAAGACUUCCUGGCCUCUUUUCUUAGAAAAUGCCCCCCCUUGUUUCAUUCUGUCUCUUUCAGGUUUUUUUCCCCUUCUCCUUCUUACUUCUGUGCCAGGUAAAUUUACUCCCGAGUAAGCUUCCUUUAAAGGAAACUGCAAAGGGGGGGGGGCAUAGAUUAGGCUUACUAUUCCUCUGCAAGUUCAGGAAAAAUUGUCACUUUUGUAUUCCUUUUAAAUCAAAUCUAUGGCUGUUUUAACUAUGCUUUAUAAGAGAUCCUCUCCCUAUCUUAGGAAAAAUGUUCACUUCAAUCUUUAAAGAUAAUUUCUCUAGGAACUUGCACUCUUUAGUCUAAGGAAGUAAACUCUCACUCAAACUAGCUUCAAGAUCUGCUAAAAGGGUUCUGUAUAAAGUUGGGUACUUUUAUUUUCCUCUUCCUUAGUACAUGAUAGGCGCAUGGUUUGUGAUAGGCGCAUGGUUUGUGAUAGGCGCAUGGCUUGUGGUCUCUUCCCCAGUUGUGUCUGUGUACAUAAGUAUGUGUGUGUUUCUGGUAGUACAAAUCUUGCUAUGAACCCUGUAUUUUAGGGUUGGACUAGAUGACCCCAGGUCCCUUUCAACUUUCCCAAUUUGUGGCUGAUGAGUUGAAAUUCAGCCCAGAUUUGCUCUUUGUUUUUAAAAGGUGAGAGGUGAAAGCCGUGAUGUUUGAAGCAGAACUGGUGAUAUCAGGCAUUUAAGUGAUUACAGUGUUUAUCAUUUUGUCUAUUAUUUACAAAAAUCAGACUUAAAAGUCUACUCAAAGUUUAAGCACAUACAAAUUCAUAUAAUCAAGUAGAAUGAGCCUUGACAUAUAAUUGAGUAGCCUUGACCAUCCUGUAAAUAAAGGGCAGGAAAAUUUUGUCUGCAAAUGGUAAGGCUGAAAUGACUGAGAAUGUUAAAAAUCUUAUGAAUUCUGACUCUCUGGCCAUUUUUCUCAUAUAUAAGGGCGUGGCAGAUUGUUCCGCGAAUGGCCAGAGGGAUAUUAGCCCUUUCCUGUACAUAAAGGAAGCAGUCCCUUUGCUUGGGCUGCAAUUGCUAGCUUUGGUGAAUACUUAAAUUGCUGAGUUUCUCUUUUUGUUUUAAAAUCUAACCCUAUUUUUAAAAUCUACUCCUUACCCUUCCCUUCCCUUAUUCAAAUUCUAAUUUAGCCAAAAGAUGCAACAUUUUCAAUAGUAUAAAAGGUUUGCUGAGACAUGAACUCUGCACAUGCACAGAGGCUAGAUCAGCUUAAAAAAAAAAAAAAAAGAGGGAGAGAGAGAGAGGAAGGAGGGGGGAAAGAAGGGGGGAGAGGAGGUUUGGAGAGCAUGUGCUGCAGGGAGAAACCUAUCAAAAUUUCCUUAUGUAAAACUUGGAACCAUUGAGGGAAAUCACCCUUAAUGUGUCUUUUGCUCCAAGGGCUACUUAAGAUAAAAGGGUUAAGUGCUGGACCAUCAAAAGUCAAGAGGUUGCCAAGUUUCAAAUCUUAACAUGCCAAAUUCUUUUCACAGGUAAAUAUCAAAGCACUCCCACUGACUUCUCACAUGAAAUAAUUUUCCCUUUUAACAGGAUAUGUGAACCCCACUAGCAAAGUGUUUGUCCCUUUUUUUCUCCCACAGCAACUUACUUUCUGUUCUGUGAAACAAGUCUGAAUCCCUACUGUAUUAGUGACUUCCAUCUCUUUGUGGCUUUGACACUUUAAGUUACAAAUAAUCUGUUUUCAUUUAUUUAAUCAGUUUUUCCAUGAUGUCUAUGAAAUUAAUCAAAGCACAACCAAACAUUGUUUGUGGAAUGGUAUUUGUUUACCUUUUUGCCUGAGUAUUUUGCCUGAGUAUUAUUAUUUUUGGUUCCUCAUAGGUCAUUGUGUGUCUGUGUGUGUGUGUGUGUGUGUGUGUGUGUGUGUGUUUUACUUUGGGGACAUGUCCAUCACAUAUUGAAAGUCAUUUUAAGCCCUUUUCCAUUGUUUUCCCAUUUUUUCAGUCCAGUAGUAAUCUGUGUGGUUUUGAUAAUAUCUUUGUAUUAUUUAAUAAUUCUUUUCUAAAUCUGAUGUCUUUGUGUCAAGUCUGUUUUCAUCUGACUGGUAAUCUAAUUUUUUGCUUUCUUUUUUAUUUUUUAACCUUUGUUGUAUUUUUUGCAGUUUUCUUUCUAUACAUGUGGAGUAAUUUUUUAUUUAAUAAUAUGAAAAAACAACAACAACAAAAAACUAAGUGAAGGAAAGCAAACAAACUUAGCAGAUAAUAACAGUUAUUAUAUGAAAAUGUGAUAAUAAUAUUAAAAUGAGUAAAAUGCUUAACGUGCUAAGAUAACUCAAGGAGAUUGGGGGGGCUUUUGCCCUUCCUUUUCUAACUCUGUCUUUUAAGUCCCUAAAAAACCCUGCCCCCUUACAGGAUGUCACUUCUACAGAUGUGUUACUACGGACCUAUGAUGAAAAAGCUUCGCCACCACCUGCAGCAACAACAGACACCAAAGUUUUCAAAGUGCCCACAGCUAUCUCUUUCAAAGGAUAUAGACUGGCGGGGGAGUGGGGCUGACAAAGGGGGGAGGAGUUGAAUUGCAAGGACAUUUUCUCACUUUUGAACUUUAAGACUGUGCUCCAGGAUUGAGAAUAUCACAAUUGUCUCAAGAUAUGCAACUGAUAUUUAAUUAGUUUUUUUUUGUAUUAUGUGUUAUUACGUAGGAAUGUUGAAAUGUGUCUGUGACAGUGUGUUAUUUCCACAAAGGGGGGGGGGUAUUUUUGUGUGUAAUUGUUUUUAUGUUUAAUGUCUUAUUGCUUACACACCAAUGGAGAAUUCUCAUGCAUUUUAUACUUUCUAAUAGCUCGCGCUAUUGCGUAGUCCAAUGUUUAGAUUGUCCCACCUGGCACUAUGCCAACCUUCCCUACCCAUUUAAAAAAUGUGCUAAAACUCGCUUUACCAAGGAGAAGCUUCUAAGAUACAUGAAGGUGAAUAUGCUUUGGUUUAGCAGGAAUGAUCCCUUAUAGACUUAAAUUGACUUAUUUGGACAAGUGCCCUUUUAAAGAAUGGUUUUCUUUUAACAGAUUGGUUUGAAGAGUUGAGAAACAUUGGGGCAAGAUAAAUUCAAAUUGGACUCAGUUUGAAUUGGGCAAGUGUAUCCAGGCUGCAAUUAGCUUUUUGGUCCUUUAAGUGCAAGUGAGCAACUUCCCAUGAGUGCAAGACAACAGCCUAUAAUAAAAUCCCAUAGAAAGGCCAAGGCAAAGACAUCUCUCUCAUGAGAUGCCCAAACCUGUGCCAGCUAUGGUGAAUGCCAGGCGACAUGGUUAAAUGAAAGCCCCGAGGGAUUCAACAGACAGGAUGUGUUGCUGUAGCACUAUGCCGGUGUGAGACCACAGAAGAGCUAGCUUGACACCUGAGAAACACACAAAAAUGGCGAAGGACAAAACACCAACUGCAUUUUUCAGUCAUUAGUGGACCUUCCUGCUAAAUGUAAAGCAUAGCCACUAUUGAGAAAAUGUUUCUCCCAAGAGCUAGAAUGCCACAAGUAAUUUAGUAACAAAAUGCAACAUAUGUUAUUUUUAUAUGAUAUAUUUAUACAAAGGCAUCCAUUUACAACAUAUGAUGUUAUUAUUUGUGGGGCAAAAAUUUUUAAGAAAAAUUCUAGCCCCAAAGGGGGGAUAAUGUGAUAGGAAUUUUAUGGUAUUAGAUAUAUGGCAACGUUCAUAACCACAUGUACAUAGAUCAGCACAGGAAAGCCAACCUGGAACCAUUUUGAUUCCUAAACUGAGCAAACGUUUCUCUGCAUGGUAAAAAUGGAAAAGCCUCCCCAUUGUCUCUUUCCUCACAAAUCCUGUCUCAAGGAUAUGUCUGUUUGAAUAAGGUGUGAGCCUGUGACCUGGCCCAGGAAAUAAGUAUUUUACCACUAUAAAAGAAUGGCCAGGCUCCCAGGCAAUCCAAUCAAGUAACUUGCCAGACAGGAGAUAAACUGUGACAGGAGAAAAACAACAUUUAAAUUUCUGUGAUGUAGGUGGGAUGUAUCUGAGGGGUGGUCUUAGGUUACACCCCUUCUGUGAUGUAUGCAUAAUGUUUCUGGGGGUGGUCUUGAUCUAGAGGAUGGGAAUUUCAAAAGUCUUUAUAAGCCAUUGCACAGCAUUUUUGGGGGUCCUCUUCCUCUCCUGCGUGUGAGGGGAGCACCCUGUUGCAACAGAUUAAUAAAAUUCAAGCUUACUAGCUGCUUUGCUUCUCAAUAUUCUCUGGUUGGCCUCUGUUAUUUUCUCCUACCAAUAGGGAACCUAUGUAACGACUCUAUAUGGGCUCUUGGAUACCCCAUAAGGGAAAAGGGCAUAUUUUUAUUUACAACAAUAGCCAGAUUCUGCAAUUUUUUACCACACCAGAAGUAAAAGCAUGGGGCAUUAAUAAGUUUUUGAAAAAUCAUGCAAUUCAUUUGAAGGCAAGGGAAAGCUUUCUGAAAUGUACAAAAUCUUACUAAGACACACAAUCUGUUGAAAUGACCAAGCAGCGGACGAGAUUCGGGGACAGUGGUGUGCCGCCUGGGGAAAUGUUCCUUUCCAUUCACCUUAAGCAAAGAUGUGGUGACCUUGUGCAUCCAUAAAUAACUUUCAGAAAGGUAUUUCAUUACUUCCCAAAGCUUCUCAAUGGGCUACCAAAUGGCAUUUCUUUCUAUUUUGGAUGAAACUGGGGAAGCAGCUUUAGAAGAAGGGGUUGCUGACAUUCACUGGCCUGGAAACACCUGAUGCCAAUAUGAUGGCAUAGCGGUGUCCGCAAAUUGUGGGUGGUGAAUUGCUUGGGUGGCCUCUCUUGAGAAACGUUGCCAGAAAAUGUAUGAACCUGUUUGUGAUAAAAAGUGGUUCGUAAAGCUGCAAACAGCAGGUGUCCCAAGGUUAGGGAGAAAACAUGGCAACGAAAGAGGGGGGAGAUUAGUUCAGGGUCAAGCUGGAUGGGUUGUCAAGGAAACAGUGUCCUGCCCAUCUUUGUGACAUUUCUUGCUGCUUGUAGAAAAGACAGAAGCUACACAUCCCCGUUGUGGGAUAGUUGGGAGGAGUUGGCUGAACUGGGACGGAGAAGCAAGCAAGCAAGCGAGGGACCAACAGGGGAGACAGGGGAGAUAGGUGUAGACUUUGCUUUGCUUUCACUUUAUCAUUUCAUUUUCAUUUGUAUAUUUUGUGCACAUAUUUUCCUGUAUAUUUUAGACAGAGAGGAGUAGCAAUAGGGUUAGAGGCAAGGUUCAGAGUUAGUGUUGUGCGAGCAUUUUAAAGCAGUUGAGUUUAAACAGGAGCGGAUUUCACCUGAAGAGAUGGUCAGCAUUGUGAAUCUGUAAGUAGGAUUUCUUCUGCUUCUUUUUUUUAAUCUUCUAGGGCGAGGGCUUGGGGUCCCCCACACGGCCAGCAUCCCCAUGGAAUUUAACCCCUUCCUGAACAGCUUACCUUCUCUUCCCACCCGCGUUCCCAUUCUCCCUCAAAUCUCAUUGCAGCUCAGCUGGUUAGAGGGAGCUGCAGAUAGCACCAAGGUUGCAGGUUCGAUUCCCAUAAGGUACAGCUGCAUAUUCCUGCAUUGCAGGGGGUUGGACUAGAUGAUCCCCAGGGUACCUUCCAUGAUCAUUAUUUGGGGAUGCUUUUUAUUACAUUCAUAGCCCACUUUUCAUCCAAGCAGUUCAAGGUGGCAUUGAUGGCUUGCCUUUCCCCCCAUUUCCCCCCUCACAACAAACCUGUUAGGCAGGCUAGGAUUAGAGUGACUGGACCCAACAUCAAACAGUGCACUUCAUGACUGAGUGGGGAUUUGCACUCGGAUCUCCCAGGUCCUCCUAGUCCAGAAUUCUAGCCACUAUACACCCCCCUCUCUACCCCUUCUCCGUUUCUCAACUCUUCAGCCAUCAACUGCAACAGACAGGCGUUCUGUCAGUCUUCCUGUCAGUCACUCUGGCUCUAAGAGAGUUUUCAUUGCAUUCUUUGGCUCAUCUAUGCCUUGAUGCUUUGACGACCUUCCUAGCAGCCCCCUUCGCUCUCCAGGCAGGGCUGCUGUCCUAUCAGCAUUAUGCUGAGGGCUCUUUUAAAUGCUGUAAAUGCUUCCCUUAUCUUUCCUUUGCUGGGGGUGGGGGUGGGGGUAGUGUUGGAAUACCCCCCCCAUACAUGAGAUGCACCACUGUGUUCCUGUGGAGAGCCGUUUGGGGUCUGUGGGUGCAUAAAAAAACAAAAAGAGCCCUAUUGCGUGGCGAGUUCCCGCCCCCCAAAGUGGAAAUAAAGACACAUGACACAAUUAUUUAAGGUUAAUGGGCUAAAUAUGGCCACAACUUUAUUGGUUACAGGUGAUAAGCGGUAUUGGCUUAGGCAUUGGUCCUAACCGACUAUCCAGCUUCAGCCCGUCCGCUUGAGGUCCGGGAAGGGUUAACCACCAGUAGGGGGAGUCCUGCUGAUGCACAUCAACUCGGAACCCCCCCCCCCAGGUCACCGCUCAGGGGCGUGCCUUAGGCCCUCACCUCCAUAGGCUUCGGACAGGGCCACGCCCCCCAGAAUCCUUUAUCGGACUACCCUUCAAUAUGCGGGGCAGGUGAUGGCGCUUCCUCCCCUCUUCCAUCUACAGAACAAUACCAAUACCAAUGCCUAACCGCCAAUACCCAGAAAGUUGUGACGAUUUGCUACGAGGUAGGCGGCAAUAAAUAGGGCUGGUCACGCUCCCUGAGCCAGCGAUUGGCUGUCCAGGGGCUGACGCGGCCAGGGAUUCCCUCAGUCGCCCGCAACUCCACCUCCUUUGUAGGCGGAAGUGGCUUUGCUGGAUCAGAGGAAAAGCCCAUCUAGUCCAAACUCACAAGCAGUAGCCCACUCCUGCUGCUUCUCCUCUAGCUGUGGGCUUCAGAGGUAGAGUGCCUCUGUUCCUGGAAGCUCUAUAUUGCUAUGUUGAGUAAUAGUAAGAGAUGCUGUUGUUCUCCUCCAACAAUUGGUAUAAUCUGCUUCCCAGCCCUGCAGGCUACUUGUCCUUGUAGCAUCGGCUGCCUGCAAAUUUCAGAAACGGAGUAAACAUGAUGUGAAGAAGUUCCCACCAGCAUUCUCAAAUUAGUUGAUUCAAAGCUCUCCCUCCAUCUGCUUUCUCUCCAAGGCCACAAUCAUCUUGGAUAACUCCUUCCUGCUCCUUUCCUUGUUGGUGUUUUAAAUAAUAAAUAAAUAAAUAAACAAACAAAUGAUUAAAGAUUUCUUAGUUUACAAAAAAAACGGUGCAUUGUCUCUUUUUUCCAGUUGUGUUUUCUACAGAUCAGUUUCAUUUGUUGUGAGACAUUAGUGUUGCAUGUUGGGUUAGGAAGAACAGAGGGGGAAAGAGGGGGAGGGUGGGGUCGGGUGGCAAUGCUUCUCUUCUACUUAGUGUACAGGGGAAACUCGGAAAAUUAGAAUAUCGUGGAAAAGUUCAUUUAUUUCAGUAAUUCAACUUAAAAGGUGAAACUAAUAUAUGAGAUAGACUCAUGACAUGCAAAGCGAGAUAUGUCAAGCCUUUAUUUGUUAUGACUGUGAUAUUAUGGCGUACAGCUGAUGAAAACCCCAAAUUAACAAUCUCAGAAAAUUAGAAUAUGAAAUGAAAUCAGCAAAACAAGGAUUGCAAACAGAGCAAUAUUUGACCUCUGAGAAGUAGAAGUUUCACCUUUUAAGUUGAAUUACUGAAAUAAAUGAAAUUUUCCACGAUAUUCUAAUUUCCCGAGUUUCCCCUGUAUGUGUGGGGUUUUGUGUUAGCAUCACUUGUGUGGGUUCACUUACUAUUCCCUUGUUCCAUUUCCUUGGUGGUGAGAGAGGUUGGGGGGUGACCUAGGGUGUGGUUGGUGGUCUUUGGUUGGCUGCAGGGAGAUUUGUUUUUGUGUGUGAGUGGGCACCUAGGGUACAAAUAACCAGAAACCUCCUCAAACUAUACCUCCACAACUACAACCCCUCGUGGCAACAAAUCAACAAAUACCCAAGGAGAUGCAACAACACCAAAUGCUCCUUUCCUUGUUGAUACGAUGUCCCGCAGCCAAAGUAGUGUGUGAAAUGAUACGGGUCUGCCUGCAACUUUUAGGCCACCCGUAUUUGUGUUAUGGCUAUGCCGCAAAGACUCCCUAUCUUCUCUCUUUUUUUUUUAUAAGAUAUUUAUUAAGAUUUUUUUAAAUAUUACAGUAACAAAUGGAAAAAAAAAUACAAAAUAAAAAUGAUUAAAAACCACUCAAUUUUUCCAUUGCUUAUUUUUCCUUAGCUUGUUUCCCGGACCUCCUCAUACCUCCCUUUUUUGUAUUCCAGUUCAGUUUGUUGGUUCAGCAAAUCCUACCCUCUUUAUUUGUCCUAAUCUUUGGUCUUAAAAUAGUAACGAUUAGAUUUUUACCUCUUAACAACCCAUUUUUCAUAUUCCCUUAAAGCAUUACAGCUGGAAACCACUUAAUUUCUAUCCAACAUCGUUCUAACAUUCAUUAAUUUUACAAUAUUUCUGUAGAUAAUCUUUGAACUUCUUCCAAUCUUCUUCCACCGACUCUUCUCCCUGGUCUCGGAUUCUGCCAGUCAUUUCUGCCAGUUCCAUAUAGUCCAUCAACUUCAUCUGCCAUUCUUCCAGAGUGGGUAGAUCUUGUGUCUUCCAAUACUUUGCAAUGAGUAUUCUUGCUGCUGUUGUGGCAUACAUGAAAAAAGUUCUAUCCUUCUUUGGCACCAAUUGACCGACUAUGCCCAGGAGAAAGGCCUCUGGUUUUUUCAAGAAGGUAUAUUUAAAUACUUUUUUCAGUUCAUUGUAUAUCAUUUUCCAGAAAGCCUUAAUCCUUGGGCACGUCCACCAAAGGUGAAAGAAUGUACCUUCAGUUUCUUUACAUUUCCAACAUUUGUUAUCGGGCAAAUGAUAAAUUUUUGCAAGCUUGACUGGGGUCAUGUACCACCUGUAUAUCAUUUUCAUAAUAUUCUCUCUUAAGGCAUUACAUGCCGUAAACUUCAUACCUGUGGUCCAUAACUGUUCCCAGUCAGCCAUCAUUAUGUUAUGUCCAACAUCUUGUGCCCAUUUAAUCAUAGCAGAUUUCACCAUUUCAUCCUGAGUAUUCCAUUUCAACAGCAAGUUAUACAUCUUUGACAAAAUCUUAGUUUUGGGUUCUAAUAGUUCUGUUUCUAAUUUUGAUUUUUCCACCUGGAAACCAAUUUUCUUAUCCAACUUAUAUGCCUCCAUUAUCUGAUAAUAAUGAAGCCAAUCUCGCACUUUGUUUUUGAAUUUCUCAAAACUCUGCAAUUUCAGUCUAUCUCCAUCUUGUUCCAAAAUUUCCCAAUAUUUCGGCCAUUUGGCCUCCAUAUUGAGCUUUUUCAGAGCUUUUGCUUCCAUCGGUGACAGCCACCUUGGAGUUUUAUUUUCCAAUAAGUCCUUGUAUCUUAUCCAGACAUUAAACAAUGCUUUCCUGACAAUGUGAUUUUUAAAUGCUUUAUGUGCUUUAACCUUAUCAUACCACAGAUAUGCAUGCCAUCCAAAUACAUUGUUGAACCCUUCUAGAUCCAAAAUGUCAGUGUUUUCAAGAAGCAACCAUUCUUUCAACCAGCAAAAAGCUGCUGAUUCAUAGUAAAGUUUAAAGUCUGACAGGACAAAUCCACCUCGUUCCUUUGCAUCUGUUAAUAUUUUAAAUUUUAUUCUAGGCUUCUUGCCCUGCCAGACAAAUUUAGAAAUAUCUCUCUGCCACCUCUUGAAACAGUCCAUUUUGUCCACAAUUUGCAGUGUUUGAAACAAAAACAACAUUCUAGGCAAUACAUUCAUUUUUACCACAGCAAUACGGCCCAGCAGUGAAAGCUUCAAAUUUGACCAAAUUUCUAAAUCUUUUUUCACUUCAGCCCAGCAUUUUUCAUAGUUGUCUUUAAAUAAAUUCCCAUUUUUGCUGUCAUGUUAAUCCCCAAGUAUUUAACUUUCUUAACCACUGUUAAACCUGUCUCAUUCUGAAACCUCUCUCUCUCCAUUGGUGUUAAAAUUUUCUCUAAAACCUUGGUCUUUAACUUAUUCAACUUAAAUCCUGCAACUUGACCAAAUUCUUGAAUCAGUUCUAAAACUCUUUUGGUACUAGAUUCUGGCUCCUGUAACGUCAAUACUAAGUCAUCUGCAAAUGCUCUCAAUUUGUACUGUUUGGCUCCGACCUGUAUACCUUUAACCAACCGGUCCCUUCUAAUCAUGUUCAACAGAACCUCCAGGACCGAUAUAAAAAGCAGUGGGGAAAUUGGGCAACCUUGUCUUGUCCCUUUUUCUAUCCUAAAUUCUUCCGUCACCACAUUAUUUACAAUUAGUUUAGCCUUUUGUUCUGAAUAAAUUGCACUUAUACCGUUUUCAAAACCUUGGCCUACCCCCAUCCCCUGUAGGUUCUUCUUCAUAAAACUCCAAGAGAUAUUAUCAAAAGCUUUCUCCGCGUCCACAAAUAUCAAAACAGCUUUGGUAUUUAUGUUCACUUCUAGUUUUUCCAAAAUAUCAAUUAUAUUCCUCAAAUUAUUGGACAAGUGUCUUCCCGGGAGAAAGCCCGCUUGGUCUUUAUGAAUCUCUUCCAUCAAUACUUUUUUCAAUCUCUUGGCCAAAAUGUCUGCAAAAAUUUUGUAAUCCACAUUAAGUAACGAUAUGGGGCGGUAGUUCUUAAGCUGAGUCUUUUCAGUCUCUUUCUUCGGUACAAGUGUAAUGUACGCCUCUUUCCAAGACUCUGGUGCCCUUUCCCCUUCCAAUAUUUCAUUGCAGACUUCCUUUAAAGGUUGUAAUAACCACUCUUUCAAAGAUCUAUAAUAUCUAGAAGUUAGCCCAUCCGGUCCUGGAGAUUUGCCUAAUUGCAUGUUUUGAAUGGCACCUUCUACUUCCUGUUCAGAUAUUUUAUAGUUCAACAUUAACUUACUUUCUUGGGAUAUUUUUUUGUAAUCCAUUUGUCUUCAGAAAUCGGUCUAUAUCCAUUUCCUUCUGUGGCCCUUGUGUAUAUAGUUGUUUAAAAUACCUCUGGAAACAAUUUCUAAUCUCAGUUGGGUUAUGUAUAUUCUUUCUUUCCACUUCUAAAUUUGUGAUAGUAUUUAAUUUUUGUCUUUUUUCAUUUGCCAGGCCAGCAAUUUCCCACAUUUGUUAGCUGAUUCAAAUGUUUUUGUCUCAUUUGUUUAAUUUUCCAUUCUAUUUCCUGAUUCAUCAUUUCCAUAUAUUGUACUUGAUAUAACUUUAUUUCUCUCAAAAUCUCCUGCGACUUUGGUUUUGCUCUCAAUUUCUUUUCACUUUCUUUUAUUUUCCCCAAAAUUUUAUCUUUCUUCUCAUUUUCACUUCUCUUCUUUAUUGCAUUCUGUUGUAUCAGAAACCCUCUCAUGACAGCUUUACUUGCGUCCCAGAUUACUCUUUUUUCUACAUUAGUAUUCAUAUUUAUCUCAAAAUAGUCUCUCAAGGUUUUUUGGGCCUUUUUAUAGACUUCUUCAUCUCUAAAUAGGGUGUCAUUCAUCCUCCAUCUGAAGGAGCCAGUUGAUGUUAGUUUCAACUCCAUCCUUACCGCAUUAUGGUCAGAGCAGGUUUUUACUCCCUGUCUUCUCUUACACACACACACACACACACACACACACACACCAUUUUGGUUGUAGGCUUCUGUCUCAGGUUUUGAAAUGUGUUGGGGAGGGGGCUUUACUGGGUUGUUUUUCACCUUUAUUAUGCAUUUUGUGUUUUUAUAUUGCAAUUUUUAUGUUGUAACCAGUGCUUUUUUCUAUUAAAAAAAAAAAUGUUUGGGGUACUGAGACCUGUGGGUAUAGGGCGGUAUAACAACAACAACAACAACAAGGUCUGCCCCUCUCCUUCUCUUCUAGGUUCAGGCGACUGAGGGACAUGGCAGCCCGCAAGAAGAAGGGGACCCGCAAAGUCCCCAAGAAGUCCAGGGUUGCUGUGGGCCCACAUGAGCAAAUGCUUCCUUUUCAUUUUGGAGCGUAA